CAUAAAUAAAACGGAAAACGUCAAAAAAUCGAAAAUACGUUCUUCACACGCAAGUGAUUGUUUUUAUUAAUUUUUCAGGGAAAACUUGCUGUUAAACUGCCACAGAAACUUUUUCCCGUAUUCUAGAUCCAGCAACGAAUGGCACACGCCACGUCUCAAGGUAGCAACUUGCUCCACGGGCUGCGUAAGUCCGAUAAAUUCACCAAAGGAUGGGGUGCCCAACUUCCGGUUGCCUACAAAAAGUUCUGGGAUGAAUGGAGAAAUCAACAACCAGCUGCCGUUCACUAUGUUCCUAAAGAUGGUAUGUUCCAGCGUGAUGAUCUUUCUGGCCUGGUAACGCCCAUCCAAAAUGUGCCACUACCUCUGAUCGACCCUCCGGAAGCGCAUCAAGGCAUCUGGGGUGGGGAAGCCAUCAUCAAAGGCUUCCAGAAGCGGAACCAAUACAAGCGACGGGUUCCACACUUUUGGGUUCCGGUGCUGCGACGGUCUGUCGUUCACAGCCAAGUCCUGAACCAGUACAUGGCAGUAACGGUUACGGAUCGUACCUUGGAUUUGAUUCACGACAACCACGGGUUCGAUCAUUACCUCCUGAAAACUCCAGCCUGUGACCUUCGAUCGAUGUUAGCUAUCAAGCUAAAGAAAAAGAUUUUAGUAGAUUUGCUGUCCGGAUGCCCCAAGCAUUCCGGUAACCCUGAAAAACAAAAAACUAUCCUCAAAGAAUUCGCUUGCUACAUGUCCCAGUACACCCCGGAAGAAAUCGACUGGUACGGUUUAACGUACAAUGAGGCAAUCGCUAAAAUAAAAAUCGAAGUCGAAUCCAAGAAUGAUAAACGGCCACACAAAGUUAUUUUUCGCCAAAAACUCAUCGAACAGUUGAAGGAAGCCGGCAUACGGGAAGCGCAGGGAAAUUCGGAUGAGAUCAGAACAAUCGACGACUCCGAAACGGCAUCGUCCUGGCUAUCGAAGCUAAGCUUCAAACCGAAGAACUGGUAGAAGGCAAAAAUUUUCUGUUCCGAACCAUGUUUUCGUUUAGUCAUCGAUUGCAAACAAAUAGACACAACUGUUGAAUAGUAAUUGAA